AUGUUGCUUUUACCCUGGAAGAUCGUGUUAGGCAUUUUUUGGGUUUCAUCCUUUACCGCUUUUGCCAUAAGUAUACAAAGAACAUCCCAGCGAGUUAUUCCCCAAUCAUUCUCAACAUCAUACCGACGGCCAAUGGUGAGACAACUCGUACCGCAAUGUGGCAUGCCGUAUUUCCCGAAUGGGGAAGCGAAACUCAGGAACCGUGGACGGAUGCUACGAUUCGAUUGUGUCAACGGUUUCAGGCUUAUCGGAAAUAAGUACGCAAAUUGCAACAACGGACGAUGGGAUACAUCUAUACCGGUGUGUGCUAAAUCCGGAUGUGCGACUUUACCAAAAGUGGAAUCCGGAUAUGUGCUGUAUGAGUUAAACAAAGCCACCGCAUGGUUGUCGUGCUUCGACGCGACGGAAUUGGCCGGGUCAAGGAAUACGUACUGCAACGGAACACACUGGGACCGUCCGUUGGGUGUAUGCCGUAAGACGGGCCAGGGAACGGCUAGGGAUUGUGAUUUCGAAGCCGAAACGAUGUGCGGUUGGUCCAACGAUGUGCUGCACGAUUUCGACUGGAAGCGCAGCGAUGGAACGCUAAACCCACGUGCGCUUCGGACGGGCCCGAAAUACGAUCACACCAAGAUGCAACCCAAGGCCGGCCAUUUCAUGAUCGUCGAUUCGGCGGAACAAUUUACGAACGAAACGGCCCGGCUAAUCUCGCCCAUGUACGAACCGGAGUUAAGUAUUGGAGCGUGCUUUCAAUUUUACUAUCAUAUGUACGGUGAGACGGUUGGUUCACUUAAGGUGUACGUGAAACCGAUGACCGCUGAUCUGUACGACCUCAACCCAUCGCUCGUGAUCGAAGGCAAUCAGAAAAACGUGUGGCACGAGGGUAACAUCGAGAUUCCGCAGCAAUCGGAACGGUUUCAGAUUAUAUUCGAGGCGAGCCUUGGAAUGCGCUACAAGAGUGACAUUGCCAUCGACGAUGUAAGUCUGCUGCAGGGCGAUAAUUGCAAGGUGGCGGUCGAAGAUGGCUUGGAAAACCCGGACGAUGCCGCCCCGACCGAUCCGGAGUUGGUACCCGAUAAGAUAGCAUCAUGCGAAAACCGAUGUGGUAUGAGUAUGGCAGAUAUUUUAAAUGCUACCGAUAAGAUCGUACCUUGCAGUUGCCAAGAGGACUGCGUGGUAGAUGCAACUUGUUGUCCUGAUUUUGUUGAACGAUGUGUCUUCGUCGUACCAACGGUGAAUACUGCAUCCACAACGACGAGUGCUCCGCUGAGUGUUUCCACCAUUCCGACUACUGUAAAGGCCAUGCAAAUGUCCACUCCAGCUACCAGCACGACAGCAAGGGCUACAACAACAACUACUACUACAGUUCGCACAACUCUCAGUACGACCACAAGACCGUCUACUACUUCUACCUGGACUACAACGACCACCACUGCUAGGCCAAGUACAACUCCCAGAAAACCACCUUCACCAACGGCAACGAUCAGAUCCACUACAAAAGCAUACAAUUUGCGACCCAGACCGGUGAUUCCGAUGACCAAACGACCAAGUUUCAUCAGUUCGACGACCUCGAAAACCACGGUAACAACCACGACACGAACAUCAUCGACGGCAACGACAACGAAACAGGUUCCUACCACAGUGACGGUAACAGUGCAACCGUCAACGCUGGCCACCACCAAGAAUCUUGCCCCUGAACCAACCCAAUCGGACAUGGUUUUCGUGACAAACGAUGUUGAAACUUCUACAGACCGGCUGCUGCUUGCACCUCGGUUCGCCGAUGCACCGUUCCCGUCCGAGACCGUUCCGCAACCCAGUCCUAUGAAAUACUUCAUCUUAGCUACGGUUGGCGCUGUGGUAUUUUUCAGCAUCUUCUGCGUUACGUACAGCUACGCACGAAAGUCACGCUCCAGUGUGCUCGCGCGAUUGAAGGAAAAGUCGCAGAACAAGUGUUUCGAGGACAUUCGAUUUUUGGCGGGCGAAGAAGAUUUGGAUUUUAACAUUUCGCAGGGCAGCGAGGCAGUGGAUGAGAAGGCCGAUACCAACGGCAAGCAUCGUGAGGGCAACAAGAAGUCGAAAAAGUUCAACACCCAAGGCAAGGAAACCAGUGCACCCAGUGAGGAUCGCAAGCAGAGGUUGAGUGGCAAACAAGACGACGCUGAUGGUUGUCCUGUCGAAAAGGCAAAAGGAUCUGGUGCUGCGAAUUAUGUUAGUGAAAAUGACUCUUCGAGCGACGACAGCGAAAAUACCGGCGGCUCGAAACGAACGGUUAAGAAAGGCACCAAAAAAGAGUAUCAAAAAUAUGUCAAGCACUACGACGAGGAUAUGGUGUCAACCUUACUCUAGGUGAUAAGAGAAGCUACCAUUUGCCAAUGCGACCGCAAGAUCAGCGACUGGUGACUGGUGACUUCCGAAAGAACGGCUGAUAAGGAUGUGGUAUGUAGAAGUGCGUCAACAGGAAGUGCCAUAUGCAAAUGUGAGAUAAUGACUAAGAGAAACAGAAAACGGGCUCAUGUGUUAGGCGCAGUGAUGCAGGGGUUUUUUUAACGGUGGCUAUUUCCUUCAUGUGACGUCGAUCGUUAGCCCAAGUAGAAGGGCAAAAAUCUGAAUUGAAAUUUGUUCACACACGGUUCCGUAUUCUGUGUAUGGUUUAAAUACUCGUACCACAGCUUAAACCCCAAAGACGCACAAAUUAACA